GAGCCUCGGUGCCUGGAGCCUCUGCUCGGCUGCUGCUCUGCAGACUGUGUGGCUCUGCUCCUUAACUUCACUUUAACUCUGGUUUUUACACGUAAAGACGCACGUUUUUCGGAACACACCGAUGGAUCAACCGUUUCCCAGCGACUCAGGACGUGAUUCAGGUCUAAACUCGGAGAGCGGAUUUGUAUAAAUUCAUCCGAAACUUCAAAAGAAAUCGACGGCGGAACAAGUUGUAACCGACAUAAAGGAAUCCGGUGUGAGGUUGAAGUCAAGAUGUCCGUCAGCAACCACGAAAACAGAAAGUCUCGCUCCAGUUCCGGCUCCAUGAACAUCCAGCUCUUCCACAAGACGUCGCACGCCGACAGCCUGCUGACGCAACUCAACCUGCUGCGCAAACGCAAAGUCUUCACGGACGUCAUGCUGAAGGCCGGCAACCGCUCCUUCCCCUGCCACCGCGCCGUCCUGGCCUCCUGCAGCCGCUACUUCGAGGCCAUGUUCAGCGGCGGCCUCAGGGAGAGCCGGGACGCCGACGUCAACUUCCACGACUCGCUCCACCCCGAGGUGCUGGAGCUGCUGCUGGACUACGCCUACUCGGCCAGAGUCAUCAUCAAUGAGGAGAACGCCGAGUCGCUGCUGGAGGCCGGAGACAUGCUGCAGUUCCACGACAUCAGAGACGCGGCGGCAGAGUUUCUGGAGAAGAACCUGCACCAGUCCAACUGCCUGGGCAUGAUGCUGCUGUCGGACGCCCACCAGUGCCAGAGACUGUACGAGCUGUCGUGGAGGAUGUGUCUCGCCAACUUUGCCACUCUCUUCAGGACGGAGGACUUCCUCAGCCUGCCCAGAGACAAAGUCCAGGAGCUGAUCCUGAGCGAGGAGCUGGAGGUGGAGGACGAGAGCCUGGUGUACGAAGCCGUCAUCGACUGGGUGAAGGCCGACAUGGAGCGGCGGCACGGCGAGCUGCCCGAGCUGCUGCGCUGCGUCCGGCUGGCGCUGCUGCCAGAGUCCUACCUGCUGAAGAACGUCGCCUCCGAGGAGCUGGUGAUGUGCCACAAGGUGGGUCGGGAGAUCGUGGAGGACGCAGUGCGGUGCAAGAUGAGGAUCCUGCAGAACGACGGGAUCGUCACAGGGUUCUGCGCUCGGCCCAGAAAGGUCAGCCAGGCCCUGCUGCUGCUGGGAGGACAGACGUUCAUGUGCGAUAAAGUCUACAUGAUCGACAACAAGACCAAGGAGAUCACCCCGAAAACAGACAUCCCCAGUCCCAGGAAGGAGUGCAGUGCCUGUGCUAUCGGCUGCAAGGUUUAUGUCACCGGAGGGCGUGGCUCUGAGAACGGCGCCUCCAAAGACGUUUGGGUCUACGACACGCUACACGACGAGUGGUCCAAAGCGGCGCCCAUGCUGGUGGCCCGGUUCGGUCACGGUUCUGCAGAGCUCGACCACAUGCUGUACGUCGUUGGCGGACACACUUCGCUCGCCGGUUCCUUCCCCGCCUCUCCGUCCGUGUCGCUCAAACAGGUGGAACAGUACGACCCUCAGACCAACAAAUGGACGCUGGUGGCGCCGCUCCGGGAAGGCGUGAGCAACGCUGCCGUCGUCGGUGCCAAAAACAAACUGUUCGCCUUCGGGGGAACCAGCGUGAACAGAGACAAAUACCCCAAAGUGCAGUGCUUCGACCCCUGUCAGAACCGGUGGUCGGUGCCGGCCGCGUGUCCUCAGCUGUGGCGCUACACGGCGGCCGCAGUCGUUGGAAACCACGUGGUCGUGAUCGGAGGCGACACAGAAUUCUCGGCCAGCUCAGCGUACCGGUUCAACAGCGAGACGUACCAGUGGUCCAAGUUUGGCGACGUGACGGCCAAACGGAUCAGCUGUCACGCGGUGGCGUCAGGAAACAGACUGUACGUGGUCGGAGGCUACUUCGGGGCUCAGCGGUGCAAAACUCUGGACUGCUACGACCCGUCGUCGGACUCAUGGGACAGCGUGACCAGCGUGCCCUACUCACUCAUUCCCACUGCCUUCGUCAGCACUUGGAAGUACCUCUCAGCGUAGAGACUCUGCGGUUUCUCGAUGACCGUCUGGAAUGCCGGGUCUUCCCUUUGCUCGCUCUGGGGAGGAAGAGGAGGAAGAGGUCGGGGUUUGUGUUUUCCUCCUCCUGACUCAUGUUUUCGCUGCAGAGACAUGGAAACAGCCCAGAAACUGGAGGUCUGCGGCCUCCCCUUCACCCGAUUCGUUUAGUUCCUGUGUGACUUUCCCGUUCAGCGGACAGACAUGAGGCAUCUCUGCACAAAAACUCACCGCCUCCGGGGUUAAAUAGGCUGCUGUGACUGCACCGUGGCCUCACCAGCUGAAGCUGCCCUCUGUGGUGGUUUUUCUCCCCUCCUGACUGGACGUUCACUCAGGUGUAAUUUAUUUGGACUGCUGAUGGACUGAGUUAGACCUCUGCUGUGCCGUUCGGAUGAAGCGUAUCAUUUCGUGCUCAGACUCGAUCUUCCUGUCUGUAUUUUGAGACGUGGAUUUAGGCUUCCCUCAAUUUUGGCGAGCUAAAUUUGUAUCUUCCUCCUCGACUUAAAAUACAAACUGAAGAAACAAAUGAAGGCUGAAGGAGAUGCUUUUCUGUUUUGAACUUUGUUGGUUUUAUUUGUGUGUGUGUGUCUCAGGGUUAUAUAUAUUUUUGUCUGUAUUUGUUCAAAGAAGGGUUACAUCUUUGUCUUUUUUGUGUGAAUGUAAUAUUUUUGUUUUACAAAACUCUUUCAUUUUUAGAAGGUUUUAGUUAAAUUGUUUUGCCAACUGAAAAAAUAUGACUGCUUUACAGCAGAGGUCAUAUUUAAAACUUAAAUAUUGCCAAAACCUGAAUAACUAACCUUAGUGUUACUCCAGAUUUAAAUAACUAAAGCGAAGUGUGUCUUACGUAGUUAGCUUUGUAGCUGUAAUAUGUGUUUUCAUUUUAUUUUUGAAUAUCUUUAAUAAUGUGUGUAUAGUUUGUAUAUUUGCUCUAAUUAAUUUGUAGAAGCCUUUGAUUUGCACAAUUUGUACAAAGAAAUGUCUUAACUGUCUUAAUUUUGUAUAUUUGUCUUAACCCAGCUUGGGUAGUGUGAAUAAUCAAAGCCUUUUUGUAGCAAAUUAUCAAGUCGCUUCUGUUUUAACGCUCUAAAUCUGGUCUCAAAGUGAACGAUCCUGAUUCAUUCUUACAGAUAUACAGUCUGUUACUUCUUUUUCUGCAGCUCAUAACUGGUCAAUAAACGUCAUCUUCUGGAGAAAAA